AUGGCUGAAGCGAAGCCUAGUAUGCUUAUUGAAGGGGACUGUGUAUUGCCGCCUCCUACCACUACAAAGCCCCAAAACCGUCGUCGACAACAGCUGCCGCCUCCAGAUGUAGCCAAACUGCAGGAUGCAGUAUUAGAAGCAGCCCGGCAGCAUGAUAUGUUCGUCAAGAUCCCCAAAGACAUCUACGCUAACGUUGAUCGAACUCGUCCGAGUCUUCUCAGCCAACUUAUGGAAGGGGAUUGUGAUCCCACGUGUUUACCCCUAAAUCAAUGCCGUGCGCAGUCUACUACGGGACUCGGCUCUGAGAGCAGAAGAAAUAGAAAAGACGCAGGGCUACAAUUGAGUCGUAGUGCUGCAGCAGUUCCAGUCUGCUCAGAGAUCACGGUUGGGAGCACACGAGACCUAGGAGUACUCAAGACGAAACCUGUAGGUCCAGGUCAGAUGGGGAAUAGCAGAUACCAGCCGAGAGGACCGCCUGACGACCAGGAGAUGGACGACAACUCAGAUGAGGAUGACGGUUUCAUGGAGGAGUAUCUGAGAGGACGUUUUGGAAAGAGAGGUGCUGAAAUUUUAGGAGUUAAGGGGCGUGGUAGCGAGCCAUCCAUUCAUUCUCCCACUUCAUCACCGCCUAUACCAACACCGUCUGCUCAGGACCUUUCCACUCUUGUUGAACACACGUUGUUGGGGCUCCCAUGCGCUAUACCUGCUGCCGCUAUACCUUCAACACCACGGACAACAAGAUGGAACAUGCUUAGGAAUGAGAUAUCCGACAGUAUCCGGCAGAAUCUUUUGUGGUGGCGAUAUGCAGAUAGGAAAAGUCUACUUGGUCCCCGGAGAAGGGGUGGUACUUCCGUAUCUGAUGGCAAGCCUAAUGCAGUAAUCAACCCUGUUGUAAAGCAGGUAGACCAACUGCAGUCUGAUGGAGCUGAUGCUGUGCGGGAAGUGGUAAGAAGGGGGCUGGAACAGAUGCGUCUGCAACGUAACAAAGACUGGCGCACAGAAUAUCAUCCUAUGUAA